AUGUCGGACUUGUUCGUAAACCUCGAGGCCCCCAACGGCGUCAAGUAUAAGCAGCCGACUGGUCUCUUCAUCAACAACGAGUUUGUUCCUGGCUCAUCGAAGCAAACGAUUACAUCCAUCGACCCUGCUACUGAGAAGGAAAUCGCCACAGUUCAUGCAGCCAGCGCCGACGAUGUCGAUAAGGCUGUGAAGGCCGCCCACGCCGCAUUCCAUGCACCCUCAUGGAAGAAGAUGCCCCCUCCCCAGCGAGGCGCUCUCAUGAACAAGCUCGCCGAUUACAUUGAGGAGCGCACACAGAUGUUCGCUACCUCUGAGGCCUGGGACAAUGGUAAGAUUUACGCUGAUGCUGAGGGCGGCGACGUUGUCGAGGUCAUCAACACUAUCCGCUACUACGCUGGCUGGGCCGACAAGAUCACCGGACAAACUAUCACCGCCAACCCCAACAAGCUCGCAUACACUCUCCGCCAACCUCUCGGUGUAGUUGCCCAGAUCAUUCCCUGGAACUACCCUCUCGCCAUGGCCGCCUGGAAGAUCGGUCCCGCGCUAGCAUGCGGUAACACCAUCGUUAUGAAGGCCGCCGAGCAAACACCCCUCAGCAUCCUUCUCCUUGGCCAGGCUUUCAAGGACGUCGGAUUCCCUCCUGGUGUUUUCAACGCUCUUAACGGUUACGGUGGCGAGGCUGGUCCUCCUCUUGUUCAGCACCCUCUUGUUGAGAAGGUUGCCUUCACUGGCUCAACUGCUACGGGUGCUAAGAUUAUGGAGAUGGCCUCCAAGACCCUCAAGAACAUUACCCUUGAGACGGGUGGCAAGUCGCCUCUCUUGGUCUUCUCCGACUGUGACCUCGAUGAGGCUGUCAAGUGGUCACACAUGGGCAUCAUGUCCAACCAGGGCCAGAUCUGCACAGCUACUUCUCGCCUAUUAGUUCAGGACAAGGUCUACGACGAGUUUGUCCAGAGAUUCAUCGAGACCACCAAGACUAUCAGCAAGGUCGGCCACCAAUGGGAUUCCGAGACCUAUCAGGGUCCCCAAGUCUCUCGACAGCAGUACGACCGUAUUCUUGAGUAUAUCAAGAUUGGAAAGUCUGAAGGCGCUACUCUGCUCGCUGGUGGCCAGCCUGUCGAUGCCUCCAAGAAGGGUUUCUUCGUCCAGCCCACCGUCUUCGGUGACGUGCAUCACCAAAUGCGAGUCUUCCGUGAGGAGAUUUUCGGCCCUGUCGUUGUCAUCACCAAGUUCAGCAACGAAGAGGAGGCUCUCAAGCUCGCCAACGACUCUACAUACGGUCUCGGUGCAGCUGUCUUCACCAAGGACGUCGAGCGUGCACACCGCGUCGCUGCUGAGAUCGAGGCCGGUAUGGUCUGGAUCAACAGUACACAAGACAGCGAACCCUAUAUCCCCUUCGGUGGUGUUAAGCAGAGCGGUAUUGGCCGUGAGCUCGGUGAGGCUGGCCUCGAGGCGUACAGCAACACCAAGUCUGUACACGUCAACCUUGGUUCUCGUCUGUAG